GUAUAUAAUUCCGCGGUGUCGACAUUCUUUGCACCGAGCGACUUAAGUGGCAUUGGCGGGAUGAAACGCGAGUACAUUCGCGUGUCCCCCAAUUGGAGACAAGGGUACGCACGCAAAGACUGCGUGUUUGUUAUUACUGACCCAAAUGCUCAUGGAAUGCUGGGUAUGGAUGUUGCCCAGGUACUUACCUUUUUUUCUUUUCGGCUCAGAGAUAGAUAUUAUCCAUGCGCAGUCGUCCACUGGUUCAAUCGAGUCGGCGACACACCAGACGACAAGACUGGCUUGUGGAUGGUGGAGCCAUCCUCUAUCGAGAAUCGCGCACACUUUGCGGUGAUUCACGUCGAGUCGAUUUUUCGUUCUGCACAUCUUAUUCCUGUGUACGGUACUGAACCACUCCCCUCGGUCAUCAAAUUUCACCACACCCUCGAUAUAUUCACCCUCUUCUAUGUGAACAAUCAUCAUGCGUUCGAAAUCGCUUCUUAA